AUGACAGAAACAAAGAUGAGUGCUGCGCAACGACGCAAGCGUGUCAUUGACAUGCUGUGUAACCCGGCUGCCGAUAAUGUUUUCACUGAAGAAGACCGCGUCCCAAAGAGAUUAAAACUCUCGAGUCCACUGGGCAGCAAUCUUGACAAGGCAGCUCCUGAGAAGAAGAACGACGCCUCCUAUGCUUUAUUCGUCAAUAGUCGUUUGAGCGAACAGGAAGCUGCUCAUCUUCCCUUCGGCCGCCCGUUACUUGAUGAAUCUGAGAUCAUACAGUGUAAGCACUGUAAGAAGCCAAUUCUUCGUCCUCUCGCACAGAGCCACAUUAAGGCGUGUCUCAAGGUUAAGGCAGAGGCGAAGAAAGAGCGGAAGCUAGCUAAGGAAGCUGCCUCGGGUAAGGUUGAUUUGAAGAAAACAAAGGAGAAGGCCGAGGGUAAAGAAGGUGAAGAUAAAGAGGAGAAGGCCAAAGCCUCUAAACCCGCUACUACGGGUGCUACCGCUUCAGAAGCGGUUAAAAGCACCACCAAGACAGCCACUAAGACGAAGGCCGGUGCCGGUGCUAAGAAAAAAGCGGAGGACGAGGGAGCGGCAGAAAACAAAAAUUCGAAGAAGAGGAAGGCUACAGCUGACGACGACAAAGCAAAGGCAGGUGAGGGACCUAAGACUAAGAAGACGAAGAAGGAAAAGCCGGCUCCGAAGCCGAAAGGCCCUGUUGAUGUGGAGAGACAAUGCGGUGUCCCUCUCCCUAAUGGCCAGCUCUGCGCACGAUCUCUUACGUGCAAAUCUCAUAGUAUGGGCGCAAAACGCGCAGUUCAGGGCAGGCCAGCUCCUUACGAUACACUUCUUCUUGCCUAUCAAAAGAAAAAUCAAGCUAAACAGCAAAAAGCUGCAAUUAAUGCUAGUAAUCCCGCUCCUGAUGAUCUCGAAACGAACUCGCUUCAUGUCGACUCAGACGAAGAAAUGGAGUUUGUAAUGGCCGCUGUCGCUCGGUCCAAUCCACAACCAAUAGUUCCGACCAUCCUCCUCUCCUCCCGACAGAAGUAUAACCACAGACGAUUCGCUUUAAUGCUUGGUGCCGCCCUUAAACCCCCCAAUCCGCCAAUGAGUGCAGUCGAUGCUAGGCCCUUCGGUAGUUUCAGCCAUGGUUUUAUGAGCCAAACUUAA